CUACCCAAAAUAAAUACCCAGUCCCCUCUGUUCAACUCAAAACACCUUUAUAAAACACCCUUCUUUUUUUUGUUCGUCGAUCCAUUGGCAUUGUUCGGAUUCUGAGAAAUCCACCGGUACUACCAUCACGGGAAAAAUUGGUAGAGAGAGAUACUGGAAAGAAAAAGCUCCAUGGCGUUUGAAGCUGAUCACAAUCUCAAGGCAACCGAGCUCAGGCUGGGGUUGCCGGGGACAGAUGAGUCUGAGAAUCAACAAACUAGGAACAACAAGAGAGCGCUGCAUGAGACGGCGGAGGACGGUGGCGCGAAGGGUGGCUGCGAUGCCAAGCACGGAGGCCAAGAAAGUGCACCCACCGCCAAAGCACAAGUUGUUGGGUGGCCACCAAUCAGAUCCUACCGGAAGAACACCUUCCUGCCGAAGAAGAAUGAGGUGGAGACUGGGGUGUACGUGAAAGUGAGCAUGGAUGGAGCUCCUUAUCUGAGGAAGAUUGAUUUGAAGGUUUACAAUGGCUAUCCGGAGCUGCUGAAAGCUUUGGAGAACAUGUUCAAGCUCACCAUAGGUGAAUACUCUGAGAGAGAAGGCUAUAGAAGAUCAGAAUAUGCACCAACUUAUGAAGACAAAGAUGGAGACUGGAUGCUGGUUGGAGAUGUUCCUUGGGACAUGUUUGUGUCAUCCUGCAAGAGGCUGAGAAUAAUGAAAUGGUCAGAGGCAAGUGGGUUUGAAUGUGGGGUAUGAAAAGGCUGCAAAACGGAGAAACCCAUGACAGAACUGGAAGAGAGGAUAGAUCUCUCUCAAGAAGAAAAAAUCUUUCAGCUUGGGUUGUCGAUGAAUUUUCGUGUGGAAGCUGUUUUCUCUUGACUCGGAGAAAACGAGAAAUCAGAUGUUAAAAUUACAGUAUGUAGUUGUUGCAGCAGAUCUGUGGAAGUUUAAGGUCUGUAGUGAUGUUAUUUGGUUUGUUUGUAAUAAUUCCAUCCAACCAAAACAAGAAUACUUGCUUCAGCAGCAAUUGUAUAGAGAGAUAGGCGCAGAACUUUUUUCUCCCAAAGUUUUGGUUAUUUUGUAUUAAUAUGAAAUACUUGGGUUUGCAACAAUAUAUGGUGUUCAGAGCUUUGUUCUGGUACUGUCUAA